AUGGAAGAAUUUAUUGACAAAUGCUUAAAAGAACAAGACGAAGAUCAGGAAAAUAUAAAUCCCUGGCCAAAUACACCAUUGGGGCUAGGUGAAAUUACAUUUUUUGACGAUAAAUCUAGUGAGUUAAAGAAAGAUGAUUGGGUUGUAGUACAAUUUACUACAAGAAAAAAGAACGUCAAACAUUUCGUUGCAACGAUUUUGUCAUAUGAAAACCACAUGCCUGUAAUAAAAUUUGUACGAAAAGUCAAAGAGACAAGGUCGGAUACAAUUAUAUCUUUCACCUAUCCAGUUGUGAAAGAUAUAAGCGUCCUAAAACACACGUAA